GAACAUUUGAAAUCGCCGCCGUAACUGGGAAACGUAAACAAACAAAUUUUAUGUAUUUAAGACGAAUUGCAAGAAAUAUCAAAAUACUCACUAAGAAUUUAGGAACGUAUAGUAAAAUGUCGCUUGAAUCUGCAAAGAAAACUGCUGCUGAACAGGCUGUAAACGAACACGUGAAAGAUAAUUUGAAGAUUGGAAUUGGUUCAGGUUCUACAAUCGUCUAUGCUGUCAACCGCUUAGCGGAAAGAGUAAAGUCUGAAAAUCUAAACGUCAUAUGCAUUCCCACGAGCUUCCAGGCUAAACAAUUGAUACUCAGCAAAGAUCUAAAACUUGGAGAACUUGAGACUUAUCCCGAACUUGAUUUAGCAAUUGACGGAGCUGAUGAGUGUGACAUCGAUCUGAAUUGCAUUAAAGGUGGUGGUGGUUGUCUACUUCAAGAGAAAAUCGUUGCAUUUAAUGCAAAAUAUCUUGUCAUCGUGGCAGAUCACACAAAAAAUUCGGAAUUUUUGACAUUCAACUAUAAAAAAAUUCCAAUUGAAGUGUCACCAAUGGCUUAUGUAGCCAUUAAAAAUCGAGUUGAAUCGUUAUUCGGUGGGGAAUUAAAACUAAGAAUGGCACUUGCUAAAGCGGGUCCUUGUGUCACCGACAAUGGAAAUUUUAUCCUUGACUGGUUUUUUGAAGGAUCUUCAAAGACUGAUUUUGAUGGAAUCAACAGAGCGAUUCAAAUGAUUCCUGGUGUUGUCGACACUGGAUUGUUCAUUGGAAUGGCAAAGCAGGCUUAUUUUGGAAUGCCAGAUGGUUCUGUCAUUGAAAAACAUAUUUGAUUCUAAUGAAUUCAAAAUUCUAUCUCAAAUGUUUUUCAUUUUAAACAAAACACAUUUCAAAAAAAAAGUUCAAUCAUAAAACGACAAUUUUUCAUCAACAUCAUUUCAUAUGCUUGUUUAAUAUUUCACAAAACUAAAUGAAUAAUAAAAAUGCAAUUGCCUCAGGAGGUUUUCAUUACACAAUAAAUUACAUUAACCGCUGUCGCUUGAUAAACUCGGAUAAUAAAGAGGCGGAAAAAUUUAAAAUACACGAAUAAAGUGUCGAAUAUUGUGCGCU